CACCGUCUCUUCAAAACGAGGACCCAACACCACAGGAUGGUUGGGAAAAAAGAGGUGGGCGGAACCCGCGUGCCCAAAGCACGCGCAGUUCGUUCCUGGCUGGGCGCAGCUGUGGCCGCUGUACACCGCGAGCGCGCCCGCGUCGCUGGCCUUCGCGGCCUGGUGCGUCUGGGAGCGCCGCCGCUUCGAGUGCGGCUCGGCGUUGCACGCAUGGACGCGGUGCUUCGGUGUAUUCACACUGCUCCACGGGGUCGGCGCGCUGGCGAUGCCAGGGUUCGGAUGCGGCGGCGAUCAGAUGGCCGUGGCAAAAAUCAUCAUCUACCUGUCCCUAUUUGCCUCUUUCGCCACGGUGCUCGUGCAGUGGCAUCUCCUGGUCCUGAGGCUGCGUAGGCUGGGGCGGCCCAGCCUCGUCUGCAUCACGCAGACGACCCUGUGGCUAUCUGCGGGCAUCGUGACCAUAUUCUGCCUCGUGUCCGCCCUGCUUGCGGCCUUCGGCUCGUUCAACACGGCUGGCCUCAUGGGCUCCUCAACCAUGCCGACCACUGACGAGCCUGACUUGGAACAAGGCGUACAUGGCAUGAUGGAGUUUGUAAUUUCAGGGUUCAUGUUCUUUUCGUUCUUCGCGCUGCGUGCGUGCCAGUUCGUUGGGUUCUGCUGCGGGGCGUGUGGGCUGCUGGCCGGCGCCGCGCGCGCCGCACUCUCAGGUCGCAUCGGGGCUGUGCAGGCGGCCGGGUGGGUGGGCAUGGCGGGCGUCUUGACGCUCGCGUCCCUGUUCACGUCGCACAGGCUGUUCAACCGCAUGUAUGACACCAGCACUGCAGAUCAGGAGUACCAGGAGGCGCUUGCACUUCCUUCGCUCAACCUCGUGUCGCCGCGUGCCGCCGCCUGGUCCGCCGCCUGGUUCGCAUGUGCCGUUGCCUGGUCUUUCGACAGCGUCUUGAACUGCCUCACGGCGGCGCUCCUGUCUGGCCUGGUGGGACCGCCCAGGCUGCAGCGCCUGGCGGAGGAGGCCUUCGAGCAGAUUAACUCGUACAGCGAGGGUCAGCUGCAGGCUUUCUACCUGGAGUACCUGGACUACCUGGACGCGGCGCAGGUGCAGUGGGUCAAAUGCGGGUACAUCAGGCGGUUGGCCGCGGCCGGGGACGUCAUGAAGCGGUGCCAGGAGGUGCCUCGCGCCGAGGUGGUCGUCGGCCGCCAAGGCUUCCCGCACGCCAGGGGCGAGCCGAAGCAUAGGUACGUCCUGUCGCACCCCUGGAUGUCCAAGGAGCACCCAGAUCCGGAAGGGAAGAAACUGAAGAUGUUGGCUCAGCAGCUGGACCUUUUGGGUGCGUCCGACUCAGACGCGAUUUUCAUUGACUACAUGGGGCUCCCGCAGAACAAUAAGCUGCACCCCGAGUAUGCGGGAUUCGAGCGGGAGGGGGGCAGUGUACCCAAGCCUGGCGAACAUCCCGCUGUCCGCACGGUCGAGGAGGAGAAGCUGUUCAAGAGGGCCCUCGGUUCGAUGGAACUUCUCUACAGCGUGGCAAAGGUUCCUGUCAUCGUUUUGCCCAUGGACGACGCCUUCGCCGAUGCCAACUUUCAGUACAUCUCGCGGGGCUGGUGUUUCUUCGAGUUCUCCCUCGCGUUCAGUUUCGGCAACAUUGCCAACGCCGAGAUUCAUAUCCCGGUGGGGCAGAUGAUCAAGAAGGCUGCCGAGUUAAAUUUGGACACCGUGGAGGGCUUCAAAGAGGGGUUCAAGAGCACGCAUUUUACCAGCAAGGGCGACGAUACAGUGGUCUAUCAGUUGUUCACCCAGACUCUGAACAAAAAGCCAGAAGGUCAGCAGCAGCACAUUGCCGCGAUCGCCAGCACCCGCAUCCAGUGCCCCCAUUGCCAGGCAGUCAACGAGGUCAGGGCCGCGGCUGGCCAACGCAUCAUCUGCGGGCAGUGCCGAGGGGAAUUCAGCACCCGCAUCCAGUGCCCCCAUUGCCAGGCAGUCAACGAGGUUAGGGCCGCGGCUGGCCAGCGCAUCACCUGCGGGCAGUGCCGAGGGGAAUUCGCCGUACCGCGCCUGUAAAUACAAGCUGCGCCUCGCGCUCCCAUGCGUCUCAUCAGCAGCCCCCCGUGCUCCUUUUCCCAAAUCGCCUCCAAUCAUGCCCCUCCUCUCCCCUGCACUCUUUUGUUCCAACCGCUUCGAAUGCUCACUUGCUUGAGACAUUAAUUUGUGAAGUAGUGCCACAUGCCUUGCAGCAGCAGUGAUGUGUGCGCAUUAUGUUUGCAGCCGAAAUGCCAAUUUGAACGCUGACGUAUGGUAGGGUGUGCUUGUGCACUCUGGGAGUUGCACUAGUUUGCUGAUGCGUGCGAUUGUGCUGGUAGGUUGUGCUUGCGUUUUCGUGGAUACUCGUGCGAUGGGCUGCGAGGGGAUGCUUAGUGAGUAUUUUCAGUAUUUGGAAGGUUGGGCGCUUGCGAACCGCAAGGCUUGAAAGCAGAGGCUCAUCAAUGACUGGCCAGCUGUUGCGAUCACCGUCGGCAAAGACUUUUAGUGGCCCUGGUGCAGCUGCUUUGUUGCAGACUCGCGUGCGGACUUCUCUGGGCAGGCUGCCAGACGCUACGGCCAGCGUCGGCAGGACUUGCCGGUGACUCUUGCAGCCCACUCCUUGGAGCACUGCCUCCUCCUCUUCCUCCACCCUCCUCCUCCUCCCCGCGCGCGCGGGAGCUCGACCGCGGCGAGGGGGGCGAGAGGGAACGGCAGGCACGGGUAAAAUUCAGCGUCGCCCCUCCCUGGCGUUGCGCUUCCGCGCGCACAAUGGGCAGCCAGCUUCCGUGCAGCUGGCAGGGGCCAUCCUGGGAUAUACCCAGACGCCCCAGCCAGCGAAACGUGACGCACAGGGAGGGUGGGCGGGAAAAACCGCACCCAAGCGACGCGAAUGCACGCCGCCAACAAGAAUCCUCAGGGCGACCACUGGACCGAGCACACCUGCCCCAGGUCGCCCCUUUCUCUGAGCCCCGAACCUGUCUCUGGUGAUCGCCACCGAGGAGAGCUGCCAGACGGACCUCGCAGCCCCGAGCGCCGAGCGGACAGACAGUC